UAUUGAAAUUUACUAUCGACGUGCCUCCGUAGCAUAGUGGUAGUGCGUUCGCUUCGUAAGCGAAAGGUCGCGAGUUCGACCCUCGCCGGGGGCUAUAAUUAUUUUUAUUUAUCAUUUUUUUCCAAUCAGAUGUCCAGAGCUCUUCUGAUUAAGAAUGAAAUACUUUCACAAGUAAACCAUAACCUGUUAUCUUCUUUUUCACCAUAACUUUAAUUUUUUGCAAUACAUCUUUUAUUCAAUCUUGAAAAAAUAAACAAUCAAAAACACCAUAUCUUCAAAAAAAAAAAAAAAUGGCAUUACUACCUUUAGUUCAAAAACCAUUAACCCCUUUUCCUUCUUCCAAUAUUUCUAACAAACCAAAACCCAAAACCCAAAUGUCCCUCAAUUUCACCAGAAGAACAACACUAAUUCUUUGCCCAGCAAUUUCAAUCAACCUUUUAAGUAAACAACAAAAUGCCAAUGCAUUUGAUUUCAGAAUCACAGUUCCAGACCAAACACUUGAAGAAGCAGAGGAUGGAAUUAAAAAUCAUGCCAAAAAUUUAUUACAAGUCAAAGAAUUAUUUGAGGGAGAAUCUUGGAAAGAAGGUCAAAAAGCAUUGAGAAAAAGCUCAGCUUUAUUGAAACAAGAUAUGUAUACUAUAAUUCAAGCUAAACCAGGUAUACAAAGACCUGAAUUGAGGAAAAUGUAUUCAAUUCUGUUCAAUAAUGUUACAAAAAUGGAUUUUGCAGCUAGGGAUAGGAAUGUGCCACGUCUAUGGGAAUGUUAUGAUAAUAUUGUCAUAGCUCUUAACAAUCUUAUGUCAAGAUUAUUAUAGUAAAUGUUUUAUAUGAUAUUUUAUUCGAGAUAUCUGUCACCUUCCAUCAACAAUAAGUAUUAAAUUGGAAAGGAUCAACAGCUAUUUCAUUUGUGAUUUUUUUUUUUAAUUUAAGUUUUGCUUAUUAUGUUUGAUGUAAUUAAGAGCUACUCUUGUAAUCAGAGUUAUAUAUGUAAUUCCUUGCUAUUGAGUUUAACUU